UGGUCUGAUGCUGCGGGGAUGGUUCAGACAUAUAGCGACGAGAUGAUCAAGAGAUGGAAGGAGGAGAUAGACACCUACCUCGUCUUCGCUGGUCUCUUCUCAGCCGUCCUCACCACGUUCAACGUGCAGUCAUACUUGCUACUUCAACCUGCCGCGCCCGACCCCACCAUCGCUGUGUUGCAACAAAUAUCCUCGCAACUAGCGAGCUUCUCAAUCAACCCGCCCUUCAUCAACUCGACUCAGCCUUUCAGUACCGCCCGCGCACAGAAUGCGAGCACCAUGCCCCCCGUCCCGCGCUGGGCCGUCUGGCUCAACGCGCUGUGGUUCUCAGGCCUCAUUAUCAGCUUGUCCUCCGCGUCGGUAGGCAUCAUGGCCAAGCAGUGG